GGCUGUGCCGGGUGGGCGGUUUUCCCAGAGUGAGGAGUGAAGUGGGACUGACUUGGCACCAGCUCGCUCAGAUAUAGACAUUACUGGCCGGGUGACCAGCCUGCCCAGUUAGCUGGAGCCCAAGUUCUGGUCCUAGGGGCUGCCACAGGACCCCCGAAGGGGCGUGGCAUGUCACAGCGGGAGGUCGGAGGGGCACCGGCCAUGCCAGGUGUGGGGCGGAACCCGGCUAAGGCCACGCUGCAGUUGGUAGCGGGCACUGGCAGGAAGAAGAGCCGCCUGAGCAGAACAAGGCAGGACCGGUGGGAAGAGACCAGCUGGAGCAACCAAAGGUGGAGCAGAGCUGCCCCGAGCCCCCGAGGGGUCAGGGCCAGGAGCCUGGCUCCAAGCCGGAGUGAGGCCGGUCCUGAGAAUGCUGCACGGGAGCGGAGCCGGGUGAGGACACUGCGCCAGGCCUUCCUGGCCCUACAGGCUGCUCUGCCCGCUGUGCCGCCCAACACCAAGCUCUCCAAGUUGGACGUGCUGGUGCUUGCCACCAGCUACAUAGCCUACCUCACCCGCACACUUGGCCAUGAGUUGCCUGGCCCCGCCUGGCCACCCUUCCUGCGUGGACUCCGCUACCUGCACCCUCUCAAGAAGUGGCCCAUGCGGUCUCGUCUCUAUGCUGGAGGCCUGGGGAGCUCUGGCCUUGACUCCACCACAGCCACCACCUCAAGCCACAGAACAAAGGAGGAAGAGGCCAGGCCCUAAGUCUCUGAAGAGGCAAACGGUCUCUUUCCCACGAGGCCACUCUCACCGGCUCUUGGUGACAAAUGAGCAUCACACUUGCCUUUUUCUCAAGUUAGGGACCUGGAUUCUCUAUUGGCCCUGCUUGUCUUUACUCUGACUCUCAACCCUGGGAUGAGAUGGACUCAGGUUCAGCUCCAAGGUUCCAGCACACAGACCAGGCGAAGCAAUGGGCCCUUCAGCGAUGGGAGAGUACCCCAGGAGCACCGGUGGGGCAAGGGUGGGGGGCAAAAACUUAUCUUGGCACUGAGGGCUCUGCUGUGGCAGCUGCAAGGGAAGUGGGAGAAGAAGGGGUUUGGCUGGGUUGGAAGCUGAGUUAGGGCACCACCUCCUGCCUUUCUCCCCUUAGCUUCCCACAAAGCCUCCAGACAAUGCAAGAACAGAGACAUGGCUGAGCUGGUGCAGAGGUAGUGGCUUAGGGCGGCCGCAGCUGCAGGUGCUGAUGGGAAAGCCAAGGGCAGGGCAGGCUCUGGGUAGCUGUGAUUGUGAACAGAACUGGGCCAGGGUCACGUAGCCAGAUGGAAACUCAAGAAAGGAACCUGUUUGUUAUUGUUCCACAAGACCUUACCUGAUAUCCAAAAAGCAGUGGCAAAUUUAGGAAUCUAGUCUACACUGUGAUCUCUCCAGCUGACCCUCAUCACUACAUUUCCUCCCUCUCUGGGCUCUGUACCCUACCGCUCUCUUCGCGAUAUGACUUCUAAUGUACAGGUUAAGCCAGAAAGCUUGCAUUGCUCACUUUCCUGUUUCCAGAGGAAUUUUUUGAUGGUCCCAGCCGCCCAGUUUGAUAUGAUCUUAUCCUAGAGGCAGGUCUACCGGAAGUGAAGCAGACAGCACCCAAAGGCCUUCUAUCUGAAGACUACUGAUGGACCAGAUUACAUCUUUGAAGGACCUUAGAAGGAGAACACUUAUCUUUUCCAGGGGAUGAUAAUUACAGUCUUCUCUUUCCAUUGUGUUAGAAACCUAACCUCCAGGAAAAACAAGAUAGGCCUGAGUUCA